ACGAUGUAAAAAUUACAUGACGCACCGUUUGUCACUAAUUGGUUUUUAGUGUUAUUUCAGUAAAUUAAAAAUAAGUUGACACGUAGACUCACUACCUAGAUAAAUUCCUCCACAAAUAGUUACUUGUAAAGGUUAGUAUAGAGAAUGUGAUUGAGAAACAUGUAUGUGAGUUACAAAGCAAAGUGUUUCACAAAUGAAUGGGAUGGUAGCGGUUACAGAUAACUACAGUAGGUUUAUAUUUUCAUAAAAGAUUUGAGGACGGAAGGAGCAAAAUCAUGUAUCUCAAGCAUCUAUUUCCAUUGGACCAGUUGUGGAAGUGGAUUCAUCGGCUUCUUUGUCAGAGAAGAUGUUCUCUUACUAGAGUCAUUUUUAUAAUAACCUUAUUGAUAUUAAUAUCGUUAUUAUUCAUGAGUUAUCGCCAUGGUCACUGGACAACGGAAACAAAGAGACGGCAGUACUCCUCACCACCCACACCUAUCACUACAUGUAAUUUAAUGAACAAACCCAAACAUGAAAGAGGGCCAAACAAUCAUGAUACUCAGGGAAACCUCAGAAUCGGGCGAAAGGUGCUUAUAAUGGUGGAUUCCCCAUUCUCGAGGAAUGCCAAAAAUAUUGCAGCUUCUAUGGAAUUCUCAAGAUUCCCGUAUAAAAUCGUUGACGAUGAGAAAAAUUUACCAACCUUAAUUCAUAUGGGUAAAGGUAGAUUUGGUGUGAUUGUAUUUGAGACAAUGGCACUGUAUUUGUCAUUGGACUCGUGGAAUAGACAAUUGAUUGACAAAUACUGCCGUGAAUAUAAUGUGGGUGUGAUAUUCUUUAUGAAACCGAGAGGCGAAUUGGAGGUUCUAAUGGAGAAUGUGCAGGAUUUUUCAUUUUCAGUGCAAUACAAUAUAGCUUUAAAAGAUUAUUCUUUAAAUACAGCUUCUGAUGUGUGGAGAAUAACGAAACCAGGGGAAGUAAUAAAAGAAACAUUUCCAGAAGAGGACUGGGCAGUGUUUUAUCCGAAUCAUUCAACAUUUGAACCAUUAGCGUUUGCUACACAGACAGCAUCCCUGUACGAUGAUUAUGAUCCUCUAACUGUUAUCAAAAAUAAAACAGUAUUUCCAGCUAUUCUUGAUACAGGGAAAAAUGAUGGAAUUAGACGAGUAUUCUUCGGUCACAAUUUUUCGUUCUGGUUGCAUUCUUUACUACUGCUGGACAGUAUUUCUUUCUUGUCCCAUGGGAAGUUGAGUCUUGGACUAGAGCGCCUAAUACAGAUUGAUAUUGAUGAUAUUUUUGUUGGAGCUAAGGGAACAAGGAUGAAAGCCCAUGAUGUGGUGGCAUUGUACGAGGCCCAGGAAAGGCUUAAACAAGAAGUGGAUGGUUUCCGGUUCAUGCUAGGAUUCUCUGGCUGGUAUUAUCAACAUGGUACAGAGGAAGAAAAUAUUGGUGAUGAAACACUUCUCAAAUAUAGGAAUCAUUUUAACUGGUUCCCUCAUAUGUGGAGACAUGAGCAGCCUCAUAAAUUCACAGAAGAUGAACUUCUUAAAAAUAUGGCCCUUAAUUACCAGUUUGCAAAGGACUAUAAGAUACCAGUGGUUCAUCAGUAUGCAGUAGCCCCACAUCAUUCAGGGGUGUUCCCAGUUCAUGAAUCUUUGUAUAACUCAUGGAAGUCAGUUUGGGAUAUAAGGGUCACCAGUACUGAAGAAUACCCUAAACUACACCCUAGCUGGGGUAGGAGAGGAUUUGUACAUAGUGGAAUCAGGUAUUACCCAGGCAAGACUUGUGGACUGUUCACACAUACCAUAUUUCUUAACUCAUACCCAGGUGGUUCCAGCCAGACUGGAGAAGAGUAUCUAUGGGGAGAACUCUUCAAGGCCUUCCUGUACAAUCCACUGAAUAUAUUUAUGACACACUUGUCUAAUUAUGGCAAUGAUCGCUUGGCACUGUACACUUUUGAGAGUGUUAUAAAGUUUGUACAGUGUUGGACUAACCUUAAAGCUGAUACAAAGUCUCCCAUGGAUCAUGCUAUAAAAUAUUUUGACAUGUUUCCUGAGGAGCAAGACCCUGUGUGGAAGAAUCCAUGUGAUCAUGAUAAACAUCUGGAGAUUUGGUCCCCAAACAAAACAUGUGAUAAGUUCCCUAAAUUACUGGUCAUAGGACCACAGAAAACUGGUACCACAGCUCUUUAUACAUUCUUGUCCAUGCAUCCUCUGGUGAGGAGUAACUAUAAUAGUAAAGACUCUUUUGAAGAGUUACAAUUCUUUAGUGGAAAUAACUAUUUCAAUGGUAUAGACUGGUAUUUGGACUAUUUUCCGAGACCUAAUAACGCCAGUACAGAGAUGUUGUUUGAAAAGAGUGCUGGAUAUUUUGAUAAUUCCAUUGUUCCGAAGAGAGCACAUGCAUUACUUCCAAAUGCUAGAUUAAUCUGUAUACUGAUAAGCCCAGCCAAACGAGCAUAUUCUUGGUACCAGCAUAUGAGAGCACAUCAAGAUCCUGUUGCCCUUAACUACACAUUCUAUGAGAUAAUCACUGCCCUGGAUACUGCACCUAGACAAGUCAAAGCAUUGAGAAACCGUUGCCUGAACCCAGGAGUUUACGAGUACCACCUAGAGAACUGGCUGGAUUAUUAUUCUUCAAGACAGAUAUAUAUAAUAGAUGGUGACACGUUGAAAAGGGAUCCUCUAGAUGUUAUGGAUAAAGUUCAGAAUUUUCUAGGACUUAAACAGUACUAUGAUUAUGGGAAAGUAUUAAGGUUUGAUCAAAAGAAAGGUUUCUACUGCCAGAUAAUGUCAGACAAGAAGAACAAGUGUCUAGGUGGCAGCAAGGGUCGCCAAUAUCCACCAAUGGACUUUAAGUCUGAAAAUUAUCUCCAUCAGUUCUAUAGAAAACACAACAUAGCCCUGUCACACUUGCUCGACAAACUGAAUGUUCAAAGACCUGCCUGGUUGGAGGAGGAGUUAAAGGUUUGAGCACUUGGGGCUAGAAGUUACAGAUUCAUAUUUCAGCUUUACUCAGAAAUCCCUUGACUUUAUGUAAUAGAUGAGCCUGAUGAGUUCUGAAUUUGGAGCUGUUUAAUAUUGGCAUAUGGGAUCACUGUUUUUGAAAUUAUAGCUGGUAUUAAUAUCUGGACAGACAGUACUGAUUUGCAGGGUAACCUGGUUAAUAAGAUAUUUAUAAAUUCUAGCAACGGAUCAACAAACAUUAUAGAAUCUGGAUGGACAGCAUUGAUGUGCAGGGUAACCUAGUUCAUAAGGAAGUGCUAUAAGGAGUUUAAUGUGAUGAAAUUUUUUAUGAAUAAGCAAUGACCGAAUGUCAUGCUAUAAAAAUUGUCCUGAUUGGCAAGUUGACGAGAUACUGAACAGUAAUAUUAGAAAAUAACAGUCAUAUCUACAAAAUGUGUCUCUAAGCCAUAUAGAAUUUUCACUGUCAGCAUCCUAAAAGACCAAAGACAACAAUUUUUUUUUUAAAAAGUUGUGUUUACAAUGGCUUUGAAAGCUUUUAAAAAUAAACCCUGCUUGCAAAUACUGACACAAGAAAGGAAACGUCCUGCAAUAUUUUUGAUGUUUGAAGUAUAGAUUGGCAGGAUAGGACAGAAAUGGAUAGUGAAGAAUUUGUUAGAAAGAAGGGUUGAAAUAGGAAUGGUGAUUAUUAGUUGAUGAAAAAAAAAUAUAUAAUGAAAAGCUGGGCCAAAUGAUGUUUAACAAUCUCACAUAUAUGGAAGAUAUCAUAAAAUACAAACGCUUCAGAGAUAUUACUUUGAUAAACAUCAGAGAGCUUAUUGGCUAGUUAUUUUUAUGUUAUACCAAAGAAAGAGUGAAUGUGCCAAAACAUUUAGUAGACAGACUCUUGCAAGGAAAGGAAAAAGGAGAAUAAAGAAUGAGUGAUGCUUUAUUUGUUAACAUGGUCAGUUUUAUAUGACAUCUUGUUGAAUUUGUUACAUACUUUGUUAUCUUCUGUUGCUUUAAUGAUUGUUUCUAACUUGUGAUUUUUACAUGAAAAGCAAGGCUUUUACAGGAUAGGGGAUUUAUAUUGAGCACUUUUUUAUUCUUUUCAAAGAAUGUUUAGUUUCUUUAAGUGUUGAUUUUCUUUUUAACAAGAAGACCAAAGAAUGUACAGUUUCUUUUAUCUAGCGUUCAUGUGAAAAAAAAAAUAUUUUUUUUUCAAAUUUUAAUGUUCUUUAGAAGCAAGACACUUCCUCAUUCAUUUUGUUUUUCAUUGAAGCAAAUCACUUUUUUAUUCAUUUUGUUUUUCAAUGAAUUCAUAAAAAGUAAUGGGGAUAGGCGACUAUAGUGGCUAUGAAGGGGCCUGAUUCUCUUCCCAGGGUUUGCAGGCUCGAGCGCAACAAACAGUUGUGGCCAUGUUUUCUCAUUUGACAUUAAUUAUAGAUAGUUUCAGAUUUGAGAGUAUUUUAAAUAAGCUAGAUGCUUUGUUCACAAUUUAAUAGUUAGUGACUCAAAAAUAUUCAGGCCGGCUUUUUUCUUAUUUUUUCAAUCAAUAUAUAUAUAUUUUUCCGAUUUGAGAGUCCUUAUUGUAUAAUAUUUUUCAGAAAAUGUUUACAUUGGAAGCGGAAUUUUUUAUUAAAUCUAAGAUUUUUUAACUUACUUUUUUUCUUCUUCAAAUUUUGUUGCUUUAACUUUUUUCAGGAUUUAAGGUUAUUAAUCAUGUAUUAACAAUGUUUCUACCGUGUCAUAUUUUUUCUGAUAUCUUUAAUGAUGUGCCAAUAUUUUGAGUUUACAAAACAGCUGAUUUUCAUACAUGUCAGCCUUCAUAACUAUUUUU